AUGAUGAUAAAAACGAUUCAGUUCGUUGGAAUUAUUUUAAUAUUUAUUAAUUUAAUCCCUUCAGUAACUGGAAUGACUGUUAAUAAUGAUCCAAUUGAUGUUCGAUUUGCAUCAUCAGUUCAAAUUGAUGAUGUUCUGAAACAUCUUAAUGAAUUCCAGGCUAUAGCAACAGCUUCUAAUGGCAAUCGAGCUGCUAAAACGAUUGGUUUUAAUCGUACUCUUGAUUAUAUUACAAAUUUUCUUGCAUUAAAAACAAAUUUUAAAGUUACAAAAAGCUUUUUCAAUUUGAGAAAUUUUCAGCUUCUUCGCAAUCCAACAUUAUCGUCUACAAUAAAUGGAGUUGUUAAAACACAUACAUAUUCAACCAAUCUUGCCGCAGCAGAAUUUUAUCAUGUUCAAUAUUCAACAUCAGUUACCAUUAGUAACAAUGUUGUUCUGACGGCUAUUCCUAAUUUAGGUUGUUCUGAUGCAGAUUGGCUUGCAGCAAUACCAUCUCCUGAUGGCCUUGUAGCACUCGUUAAACGAGGUGAUUGUACCUUCGAAAGUAAAGCAAUUCUUGCAAGUAAAUAUAAUGUUGCUGCCUUAUUACUCUACAAUGAUGGCAGCACAUCCAGCAAUAUGCAACCGAUUUAUAUCAAUCUUGGUCAAAAUAAUCGUGUACCAGCACUAUUUCUUUCAUACAAUCUUGGCCAAUCACUGGUUUCUGCGGCAAACGAUCCAUCACGAGUAGCAACCAUUCGUCUUACUAUAGCAACUGAUACUGCAUUAAAUCCGACAGGAAAUAUAUGCGCCGAUACAGUAACAGGUGAUCCCACUCAAACCAUUGUGAUUGGCAGCCACAGUGAUAGUGUUCCUGCUGGACCAGGCAUUAAUGACAAUGGUAGUGGAAGUGCAACUAAUCUUGCUUUAGCUGCUGCUCUAUCAAGUCUUCUACAAACGUCAAAUUAUCCUGCUUACAAAUAUCGAGUUCGAUUUUGUUGGUGGGGUGCUGAAGAAUUAGGACUUCUUGGUGCUAAUUAUCAUGUUACAGAAGCAAAAAAAGCGGCUGUUGUUGGUGAACGUAUAACAGAUUAUUUGAUCAAUAUUAAUUUGGAUAUGUUAGGAUCACCAAAUUUUAUAUUUGGUAUUUAUGAUGGUAGAACAACGCCGACUAAUACACCAGCAGCUGCGAAACCAGGAAGUAAUAAGACAACAACCUUAUUUCAAAGUUGGUUCGAUCAAAAUAAAUUACCAUGGGAUUAUACGAGAUUUGAUGGUCGUAGUGAUUAUGGUCCAUUUUUAGCUGCCGGCGUUGUUGCAGGUGGCCUUUUUUCAGGUGCAGAUGCAGUGAAAACAACAGUGCAAGUGAAUAAAUAUGCAACAAUGCUUGGAGGAAAUUUGGGUGGAACUGCAGGAAUUAGACAAGACGUAUGUUAUCAUCAAGCAUGUGAUAAAACGACCAAUAUCAAUGAAUUUGCUCUCAAUAAAAUGGUUCAAGCAACUGCAUAUGCGAUUGAAAGCCUAGGUCAACAGCCUAAUUUAAAAAGUUGGCUAUAUCCGACCAGAGAAAUCCAAGACAUCAAUAGAAACACACCACCGUCACCAUAUGAAUAUGAUUCAAUUAAUGAAUAUUUUGGACUACCCUAUAAUUAG